AUGUCUAAAAUAUCUAAUAAGAAGUCACCAAAGACUAUUGGUGACCACCAAAAGUACUUGUCACGAAUUACUAAAACCUUGUACUAUGGAAAAUUGCCAAAAUCUGAUUGUCUCAGUUUUCCUGUAACAGAGCUAGCUGCAGAACUGUUUUCAGAAGCCCACACUGGUAAAUCCCUUGAAAGACUUCAUUUGUAUGAUGCUGCUAACAUUUCCAGGAAUACUUGUGUGUCACCCUGCUCUCUUGUGCUAGCUAUGCUUUAUUUGGAAAGACUUAAAAAUCGCAAUCCAGGAUAUUUAGAGAAAACUGUGCCUUCUGAUUUAUUUCUUGUAUCACUGAUGGUUUCCAGCAAAUUUUUGUUUGAUGAUGGUGAACCUGAUGAGGUUUUUAUAGAUGAAUGGGCUACCUCAGGAGGUGUGAAGGUCAGAGAUUUGGUUCUUUUAGAAAGGGAUUUCUUAAAAGCUAUGGAUUGGGAAAUUUUCGUCAGUGAACCGACUUUUUGGAAAAAAUUGAAUGAUCUUGAAAUAACACUUGCUUCAAAGCAGGGAACUUCUAGAGGUUAUUUUACAUACACUGAGUUACAAAGCCUAUCUCAAACAGUAGAUAUAUCCAAUCUGAUUCAUUGUAUUGCUGCAGUAUCUGUCAUCUUAGCAGCUACUUACACAGCUGGAUUACUUACCAUUUUAGGGUCUGUAUUCCUAGCUAGCCAAAUACCAGGAACUAGUUUAUAUGCCAAAGAGACUGAACUUAAAGAAUUAUCACCUGCAUUGAAUAUACAAACAAACUUGGAUCAGGACAUCAAAAAUACAACUAAGACUGAGAUUCAUUCUAAAUAUGUAUCAAAUAAAAAAUCUGAUAUUAUUGAUGUAUUGAGAACAAGUUUUCUGCUGGCAUCUAUACAACCUAAUAGCACAGAAGAUGUAGCUAUUGAAAAUGAUGUUCAAUACAUCACCUGGGACUACUGGAACAUACCAAUUAUGGACUGGCUUGCUAAAUCAUCUGACGCAAUCACUACUUACACAGCAGGUAUAACUUUGGACUAUUUUCCUUAUUAUCUGGACACCAUUUCAAAUUCCAAAACUCCUGAGUUGAAUCACAUUCAUAAGGCCACUAAAACUAGGAUUCAGGACCAGAUGGAAUCUUCUUGGCAUGAGGAGUGGGUUGAUUCUUUGACAUACAGAUUGUCUUUCAACACAUUAUUUUCUUAUGUCAAUAACAUCAAAGCUUGA